CCAUUGCGGUGUCGUGGCUCAGUUAACAAAACACGAAAAAAAAGGGGAGACGGGCGAGCGAUCGAAAGAGCGAGAGGGUGAGCUGGCUGUCAGCGGGAUCUCUUUGAAAUUUUCCCCGUGCCACAUUCACAUGACCAAACGAGCCAACGCACUCGGCCAACGAAUCCACGCCUGAAGAACGAGAUUGAACAGCUCCAGAGAUGUCAUUCAUAUUUGACUGGAUCUAUAGCGGGUUCAAUAGCGUACUACAGUUUUUAGGACUGUACAAGAAAUCGGGCAAGCUCGUGUUCCUCGGCCUGGACAAUGCCGGCAAGACCACGCUUCUGCACAUGCUCAAAGACGACAGACUGGGGCAGCAUGUGCCCACUUUACAUCCCACCUCGGAAGAGCUGACGAUCGCCGGUAUGACCUUCACCACCUUUGACCUCGGAGGCCACGCGCAAGCCCGCCGAGUGUGGAAACACUACCUCCCCGCCAUCAACGGUAUCGUCUUCCUGGUGGACUGCGCCGACGGCCUCCGAUUGGAAGAAUCCAAAGCAGAGCUUGACGGCUUGAUGACAGACGAGACCAUCGGGAACGUGCCCAUCCUUAUCCUAGGCAACAAGAUUGACCGGCCCGAUGCCAUCAGCGAGGAGCGGCUGAGAGAAAUGUUUAAGCUGUACGGCCAGACGACAGGAAAGGGCAACGUCCCACUGAAGGAGCUGAACACGAGACCCCUGGAGGUGUUCAUGUGCAGCGUGCUGAAGCGCCAAGGCUACGGCGAGGGAUUCCGCUGGCUCUCGCAGUACAUCGACUGAACGCGGCGCCACCUGCCGCACCCUCACCGCAACUACAACAGACAGAAAGAACGGCGGCGGAGGGCGUGCCCACCCACCACCAAGACGACGACGACGACAACUCGAUCCCAAUAGACUUUUAUUGGUUCUUUGGGUUCUGCACUUAAACACACGUUUGUUUGUCCCUCUUUAUAGCGCAAAAUGGACAAGUCCCCUCUCGUACUCCCACCGGCGUCCAUUCAGAAGCUUGCGUUCUUUCUCUACAUGGCAUUUCUAUUCAUCACAUCAUUAUUUUUUUGUUUACUUUUAUGACAGCGUUAAUAAAUGGAAAGGACCAACAUCC